AUGAACUUCACCUUCGUACCCCACAAGGGCGCUCGCCCUGAGAGGUCAGAGCUUGUCAAAUCGCAUGUAAUGCGGGAGUCGCAGAGAAAGCGACGGGAAGCGAAGCAGCAUCAAAGCCGUAUGCAGCCCCCUCUUGCUGUAACUGAUAAUCAAAUUGGCGAAGCAGAGACUCCAACCGCUGCCGGUCAUUUUCACACUUCCUCGGAUAGUCCCGAAACUAUUUCCUCGGGGCAAAGCAAGGUUCAUGGCUUGUUAGCAGGGACAAGUGAUCUGAUGUUUGGAAAUGAGAUCACCGCACAUCAAUGGUCUUCAGGAAACACCUUUCCUAGUUUCGACGGCGAACCAUAUUCAUUUGUCGACUCACAGAAUGGGAUGAAUUGUUGUGAGAACGGUACGAAUGGGUCAUUGUACAACUUCUUACCGACACUAACACGGCAGCCGUCGCUCUUAUAUCCAACACUAAUAGGCCAGAGUCACCCUUCAGAUAUAACAUGGGUUUCGCAAACUUUGCAUAAUCGGAUGUCUGAGUUAGUAUCACACUAUGUUACAACGCUCUUUGUCGAGAGACCUGGUUUACCACCAGCGAAUCCCGUAGCAUACUGGCAGCAGGUCGCUGCCGUGAACCCCAAAAUUCUUCUCAGCUGCGCACUUUUUUAUUGCGCAUACAGAGAUGUGGUCAGGGAUUUUCAGGGGGAAGAUCACCACUACUUUAAGGAUCGGACUCUCCAUCUUAUUAAUGCAGCUCUUGAGGAUCCCAAUACCGCCAUCACUGAUGACAACAUUGGCGCAGUGAUAUCUAUCUGCAUGUAUGAGAAUGUGCGCGGAACUGAUAUAAUCGUGACACAUUUGAAAGGACUACGACAAAUGAUUGAUAUGAGAGGCGGUGUAAACAACCUACCUGCUGACCAAGGACAGCAUCUCAGCGAGCAGGCACUCCUUCAGGAUCUCAUCCACGCCAUCUGCUCUAACAUGUCACCCUUUAUGAUCGACAUAUGCGGCCCCGUGUUACGAGAUAUCCGCACGACUGGCGCAGAGUUCUUCUACCCACAGUCGCCUCUGCGUAUUGUUAAUGAUGUUGGAUUCGCUCGCUCGGACACAGAGCUCCAAUCAGGCUUUGAGUAUCUCAAAGAUGCUUUUGAUGCGACAGAAAUGCUAUGCAUAGAAGCAUUUGAUAAGGACACAGCAACGGAUGAAGCGGACUUGUUCAAGCUUCGCCGAGAGAGAUGUUGGAACCGCUUGAUGAAGAACGAGGAGGCAAGCGAAGAAGUUCCUUUAACGAAUAAAAAGAAAAUCGAAGAAUCGAUUCGAUUAGCCAGCAAGAUUCAUUUUCGCGCAGUUGCGCUGAGGAUACAGCACGAUAACGAAGUGAAUGAGGCCGAUAUGAGAAGGCUCCACGUGAUAAUUAGGAGAAUCGAUUCUGCUUUAUGGAAGGUGGCUCAUUAUGUCUAUCUUUGGAUAUUACUCACUGGAGGAGCGGCAUCAAAUGGACACCCAGAGCAACGCCCAUUUUUCGUGAGUGAGAUCAUACGCAUGGGUCUAAGCAUCGGACUCUUCGACUGGCGCUCUUUCAGACAAACACUAGGCAAUUUCCUGUGGUUGCAGCACUUCCUACGGCGAGACAAAUCACCCUCCAAGUGA